UAUAUUUUGAGCUAAUCACGAAGCCAUUUACUGUGCUAAUCGAUAUAGAAUUCGAAGAAAAAUGGCGGCUCUCAGUUGGCGGCACCACACCCUAAUUCAGUCGCUGCUGUCGCGAGGCCCGCUCAAGGAAGACGAUUUCGCUUCUAUUUUCUCGCAACUCACUGUCAAAAAUUCUGGGUCACGGAAGCAACAUGGGCAGAAGUUAUUCAAUGAGUAUCUCAAGAAGAUAAAUGCAGAGUUAAGUUGUGUACAGUUAGAGCUGCGAGCAUGCCGGAACCAAUAUGAUGGUCAUGUUUAUUAUGGCGUUGUCAACAAUGUCGAGGAUGACCAGUCCAAGCUUGGGACAAAGUACACAGUUCCGCAGAUUGCUUUCUACAAAGGCAUUGUUGAAACUAUUAUACACGAUGCUGAAGGUGAAGGCUGCAUUUAUAAUACGACUGCUCUAAACAUAAGGCUGGAAUCACAGGUUCAUGGGGCAACUGAUUCACAAUCUCAGGGAGGUGCUGUCCAGAUACCCCCUGGCUUUAAGAAUUUCUCCAUGUCACAAAAGGAAAAAACUCUAGAUCAACUAGUGAAUGACCAGUGGCUUUGUUCAACGCCUGAAGGAAAAAUUGGUAUUGGAGUUAGAUCCUUUCUGGAUCUGCGUAGUUGGUUUCGGACUAAUGAGGUUCCCUCAUGUGAAGUUUGCAAUGAGGCUGCCAUCAAGGCUCAACUCUGCCGUAAUGAAGCUUGCAACGUCCGCCUUCACUCCUACUGUCUGAAGAAGAAGUUUUCCGGACAAAGGGGCGAAAGAGUUUGCUCGGGUUGUGGUACGCAGUUGCAAGGCUCAACAGUUAAAGCAGAACUCGUGGAAGAAAUAACUAAUGCAGAUGUCCAUUUACAGAACUCGCAACAGGCAGAAUCUUCUAGAAAGAGGAGUCGCAGAUCAAACCGAGAAGCUAAUGCUGACAUUGAUGACACAGGCAAUGAUUCUUCCCUGACUUCUGCUACUAUGUCGAAAACAAAGAGGGUUACUAGAAGCUCUGGUAGGCUGCUUAUCAAUUAAGGAAGACGAUGUUGCCUUUUUUUGUGUGACUACUUUCUGCAUGCAGAUGGUCUUUAGCCUUUUUUUGUGUGACUACUUUCUGCAUGCAGAUGGUCUUUAGUUGUAAAUGUUUUGUUUUCUUUUGAAGCCAGCAGCUGUAAAUAUUGUUUUAGUGCUAAUGGUAGCUUGGCAGAUUUUGUGGUC